GAGAGUGAGUGUAAGUGUGCGUGAAGUCGUGAGAGAGAAAAGGAGGGAAUACAACGGUGAGAGAGAGAGAGAGGGACAGGUCAAGAGAAUAUUGAAAGAUAGACAAAGACACAGACAAGACUGACACAAAGACAGACAGACAUCAGAGAAACGUAUCGUCUUAUCGACACACAUAAACCUAAGACAGACACUAAGAUAGAUUUACAGAUACGCAGGCAGACACACUAGCAGAUACUUAAUCACAGACAGACGGACAGAAAGAUACCUAGAGAGAAACUUAAGACAGACACUAAGAUAGGCAGACAUACAUACAGACAGGGACACACACACACACGGACAUACGGGAAUUGAAUAAAAUCCAGUAGAGAGAUAAGUCGUCUAGCAACAACAACAACAUCCAACAGCGACACGGUAAAUACACCUCUACAGGUCUACUAAAAGAGACAGAGUCAAAUGUAUCGUACGGCAACAGGCUGAAGGCGUCGUUGAGAUUCACCGCAGGGCACGAGCGUUGAUUAAUUUGAACCAGAAGGCGAGGAGAUCAUUCGCAAAGGGAGAUACCCGCGGAGACAUUCCCGAUAAGGCAGAGCGGGUGAAUCCACAGCAAGGCAACAGCAGCAGCAGCAGCGAGGAUUACUCACCAUCACAAACAUACAAAGUGCGAAUCGACAACACCAGCAUCAUCAACAACAACAACAAGGCUACUCGUAAUUGCGAGAGUCAAUAAGUGAAUUACAACUUUUGUCUGGAGGAUUGCCAUUGUUCCGGAACGGCAACAGUGAGAAGGAAAUAGAGCACCGCUGAGCGGGCGAUUGGACUAUAGAAGUCCUAUUGCAGAGUCCUAUAGGAGUCAUAUUGCAAAGUCCUAUCGGAGUCCUAUUGCAGAUUCCUAUAGGAGUCAUAUUGCAGAGUCCUAUAGGAGUCCUAUUUCAGAUUCCCAUAGGAGUCCUAUUGCAGAUUCCUAUAGGAGUCCUAUUGCAGAGUGCUAUUGCAGAGUCAUAUAGGAGUCAUAUUGCAGAGUCCUAUAGGAGUCCUAUUGCAGAGUCCUAUAGGAGUCCUAUUGCAGAUUCCUAUAGGAGUCCUAUUGCAGAUUCCUAUAGGAGUCCUAUUGCAGAGUGCUAUUGCAGAGUCCUAUUGCAGAGUCCCAUAGGAGUAAUAUUGCAGUCCCAUAGGAGUAAUAUUGCAGUCCUAUAGGAGUCAUAUUGCAGAGUCCUAUAGGAGUCAUAUUGCAGAGUCCUAUUGCAGAGUCCUAUAGGAGUCCUAUUGCAGUCCUAUAGGAGUCAUAUUGCAGAGUCCUAUUGCAGAGUCCUAUUGCAGAGUCCCAUAGGAGUAAUAUUGCAGUCCCAUAGGAGUAAUAUUGCAGUCCUAUAGGAGUCAUAUUGCAGAGUCCUAUAGGAGUCAUAUUGCAGAGUCCUAUUGCAGAGUCCCAUAGGAGUAAUAUUGCAGUCCUAUAGGAGUCCUAUUUCCAGAGUCCUAUAGGAGUCAUAUUGCAGAGUCCUAUUGCAGAGUCCUAUUGCAGAGUCGUGUUGCAGUCCUAUCGGAGUCAUAUUGCAGAGUCCUAUUGCAGAGUCUUUUAGGAGUCCUACUGCAGGGGCUUUGAUCGACAUAGGCGAGGUGAUUUAAACAGCCCUUAGCCUUGGGGUAGGGUUAUAGUCACAUCCUGAUAUUGAUUGACGGUGGAGCGGAGUGGGGGGAGGAGAGAGGGGGGCUCUUAACUGAAGACCGGGGGCGGGGGGGGGGGGAAAGCGAUUCAAAUAAUCCACCGCGAAGGUGACACAAAUAACCGUAGUAAAUAAAUAAGCAGAUCAGAAACAGAGAGAGGCAAAGGCGGAAGAGUUGUGUCUUGCGUUCUUCGCUCGAGAGAGUCUCUCAAGAAACUCAAGCGCUGGAAAUCUCUUCAAGUGACGGGCCCCACUUUGCUGCUGCUGAUGAUGCUGAUCACGGCGAUGAUGAUGGAGACGGUGAUGGUGGUGAUGAUGGUGGGAUCCGUGCGCCUCGCCUCCUGCAGCAGCUGGUUAGCGCUCUCGCGCUUGGCAUCUCUGGGCGCCGUGACCUCUGACCCAUCAUCAUCCUCAUCAUCAUCGUCGUCGUCCUCCUCCUCCUCGUCGUCGUCUUCAUCAUCAUCGUCGUCGUCGUCUUCCUCCCCGCACGCCUGCGAGUCCCUGGGCGGCCUCACGCCUCGCCAGGUGCAGCUCUGCCGCCGUCACACCGAGGUGAUGGAGGCGGUGAGGCGCGGCGCCCAGGUCGCCAUCGCCGAGUGCCAGCACCAGUUCCGACAGCGGCGCUGGAACUGCAGCACGACCCGCAGCGGGCCCAGCGUGUUCGGCAAGAUCGUCAGUCAGGGCACGCGGGAAGGUGCCUUCGUGUACGCGGUGGCGGCGGCCGCGGUGGCCCACGCGGUGACGCGCGGCUGCAGCAGCGGGGAGCUCGACAAGUGCGGGUGCGACCGCACGGUCAGCGGCACCAGCCCUGAGGGGUUUCAGUGGUCGGGAUGCUCGGACAACAUCGCCUACGGAGUGGCCUUCUCGCAGAGCUUCGUGGAUGCGAGGGAGCGCGGCAAGGGAGGCUCCCCGGCACGGACGCUCAUGAAUCUCCACAACAACGAGGCCGGCCGCAAGGCUGUAGUCUCCCACAUGCGUGUCGAGUGUAAGUGCCACGGCGUGUCAGGCUCGUGUGAGGUGCGCACCUGCUGGAGGGCGCUGCCUCCGUUCCGCAAGAUCGGCUCCGUGCUCAAGGAGAAGUUCGACGGCGCCACGGAGGUGGAACUGCGCAAGAUUGGCACGCGGAGGCAGCUGGUGCCGCGCAACGCGCAGUUCAAGCCGCACACGGACGAGGACCUGGUGUACGUGGCGCCCAGCCCGGACUUCUGCGACGCCGACCCCAAGGCCGGCGUGGCGGGCACGGCGGGGCGCGAGUGCAACCGCACCUCGCGCGCCCUCGACGGCUGCGAGCUCAUGUGCUGCGGCCGCGGUUUCCACACGACGCGCGCCGAGCUGGUGGAGCGCUGCUACUGCAAGUUCCACUGGUGCUGCUUCGUCAAGUGCAGGCAGUGCCGCAAGCACGUGGAGAUGCACACGUGCCGGUGAUCGCGGCGACGGCGGCGACCGGACGGGCGGGCGGGCGGGGCGAGCGGGCGAACGCGUGGCAAUAGAUGACUGCUGAUGAUGAUGAGAGAUGGGGAGAGAGAGAGAGAGAGGGGGAAAGAGAUGGAGAGAGGGAGAAAAGGGAAGGAGAGCUGGCCGGCGAUGAUGGCAGAGAGGAUGUGUGUACGCGCGCGCGUGACGGCAGACGGGGUGAUGGCGGCUGGCGAUGGGAGACGAACGUAGGAGCUGAGCGGAUGAGCGACGGGAGCGAUGAUGGAUGAUGUGGUGGGGGGGAGGGGGGUGGUUGGGGGCGCAAUCCAACGAUGGGAGACAGUGGUGAUGGGGGAGGGCGCGCGAUGGGACAUGUUGGUGAUGUGGAGCGAGUGAUGCGGUGUGCGUGCGUGCCUGCGUUGAACGUGAGGGUUGCCACUUGUCUUUGAGUUGCAAAGAACCGGGACGUAUCGCAGUGAGAGGCGCGCAGAAGAAUGUCUCAGAGGAGAUGAGAAGCAAGCUGUGAAUGCUUCGUCACGAACGGUGCAUCACGAGUCUUUUACAGAUCUUCUUUAAAAAAUAUAUAUAUAUUGACGACGUAGUGGGAAAAUAAGCAGUACAAGGUGGCAACCCUGGCGUGCCUGUAGGCGUGAUUGAGUGGUGGCGCGAACGGCUGGGACGGAACAGAACAGAUGGGAGUGGAGUGGAACGCCCGCGCACACGAGCGCGCGCGUGUGCGUGCGUGUGUGUGUGCGUCGUGACGGCUGCUCCUGGCUUUAACCAGGGAUGGCACGAGCUCACGCUGCGUGCCCCUCUCCGUAGACCUUCGCUAGGGUUGGGACUCAAACCGUCGUGGAUUCCGCCUCCCCCUCCCCACCACCACCAAUGGAGGGACAAGUUGGCGAUGGAGGGAGCAAGUUGCGUUUGCGAUGAGAGUUGGGGUAGGCGAGCGAUAGUUUCUGCCAGGAUGGUUACACGCUCAAUAUGACAAUGUACGGUUCACAGUGACGGCAUCACAUUUACCCACCACCUCUAUGUAAGACCGAAACAGGAAGGCAUUCCCCACAUUUCUGGUUGAUCGCCUGAUGAUUCUGGUUGUAAUCAAAGGCGAAACGUCGUACUCGAAUUGUCAACGUUGUGAGUUUACUCUCCAACACACCAGUCUGCUGAACGAGUAGCGAAUUGUUGACCUGACGAACCUUACUAAUUGGCUGUAUCGGGUGGUGGUGGGUUUAACGACACAUUUAUAUUUCACGCGAUCUAAUCCAGCAAAAACCUCUGUUGUGAUCAAUGCAUGUUUGUUGAAUUUCUUUUGCACCGUGACGUAGCCAAGCGUGCAUAUCGGAGGUGCGGGGGAAGGACAACAAACACAAUGGGGAACUGUCUCUCCCUCUCUCUCUCUUUAACACCACCGGAACGAGACACCAGCUAUCUCUCUCUCUGAACGUCACCAGAAGAAAAGAGCCGUUAUUAUCACUUUCCCGAGUGUUGUCCUGAAGAUGCUUGCCAAAAAACCCCGUAUCGUCUCUAACCGCUGCGAACAAAAUUUGGCUGCGAUAAAAAAAAAAAUUUCAACGAACAAAAAAAAUUGGGGGACGUCAUGCCACGUAACGACCCGGCCAAAUGCCUCCUUCACCACCGCCGCGGCCGUCGAAGGCCAAACGCGAUCAGAUUGUCGCGCACGGGCAAGCGUUUACACAACGUGCCACUGGUUAUCCGCCGCUUCAGCAGCGCCCUGGGUGCAGUCGAAGGGCGAUUCUCCACGACCGGGGUUUCUAAACGGCGCAUUCGAUGCGGCCUCCGUGAUGCCAUCGGCUAAGAGCUCGCCGCGGGAGCGAGACAACCCCCGCGUGACUUCUGGGGACGUUCGGGCCCGCAGUCGAUUGGCGACGCAGACCCGGCGCGGUCUUCGGCGCCUUCGAACUCAAAAGAGCCCCGCGAACUAAAACGCCCGUCGGUUCCACGAACACACGGCUCGUAUCCCUCCUCCUUUCCCCAACGUCGAUCGCACACGUCCCCAACCCCCCCCCCCCACCCCCCCUGCGACACCGUCGCCCCGUGCCCACGGUUGACCUCGCACGGAAACGUGAACUGCUGCACGCUUUUUGACAACAGACCUUGUGGGUGGCUGAGACAAUGUGCCCGGCUUUGGUCUGCGCUGUGACGAAGGUGGCAACUCCCACCGACUCGUUUACUCACUCACUCGCCCAGUAACUCGCUCACCCACUCACUCACAGACCAACACCACUCGCCCUCCUACUCACCCAUUCACUCACUGACCCACUCGCCCGCCCUCCUACUCACCCAUUCACUCA